AUGGCUUCCACGUCGACGAAGGCCACCAACACAAAACCGACUCUGACACCAUCAAUGACUUUGAAGGGUCACGACAAAUGGAUUCGAUGCAUAUCAUACUUUCCAGACGGCCAGCGAAUGAUCAGCGGAUCUCCGGACAAGACAGCUCGGCAAUGGGAUCUGAAGUUGGGCACGGAGAUUGAGGAAGCGCGGGAUGUUAGCAAGAAGGAGGUGUAUGCGGUAUCGGUAUCAAGGGAUGGUCGAUGGGUUGUUACUGGCGAUGGAGAUGGAGAUCGCGGGGAACUGAAAGCUUGUGAGGUUGAGACAGGGAUUGUGAAAACAUUCGAAGGACACUCGGGGAGGAUAAACUGCAUUGAUGUCUCUGCGGAUAACACGUUGUUGGCGAGUGGAUCUGCCGACUUUACAACGCGGAUAUGGAACCUGGAGACUGGGAAACUUGUAGCUGGUCCAUUCAAGAACGUUGAUUGGGUGGGCGCGGUUCGAUUCUCCUCAGAUUUGAAGAAGCUCGCAGUGACUUCAGCCGUGAGGACGUGCAUUGAGGUCUGGGAUGUCCAAUUGCAAAAGUUGGAUGUUAGGGUAGGCAAGUCCCCUGGAGUAGGAAUCACAUAUGCGCCAGUGUUUUGGACAAACAAUGACAAAAACAUCAUAACCGCAUUCAACUUCGCUACCUUUGGCUAUGCCAGGACAAUCUACGAGUUUGACGCGUUGACGCUGGAGACUGUUGGAACUCCCUUCGAAGGGCACACCAAACUUGUCACCAGCAUAGCACUUUCAUUUGACCAUGCUCGCCUCGCUAGCGCAUCCUUUGACAACACGAUCAAGCUUUGGGAUUGCGAGUCCCGCCAACUCCUCGCCUCCUUCGAUGUUCAGAAUCCUUUUAUCCUUGUCCUCUCACCCGACUCACACCAACUAGCUUAUGUGACAAACGCUCACACCAAAGAUGAUUACAAGAUCUACAUCUGUGAUAUUCCACCCGACGACGUCCUUGCUCAUGCCAGUACAAAUGCACGCGAAAAGUCACCCGGCAGUCAUCUACUAAAUUCUGAUGCGACUCGUCCUACUGUUGGGCACCGCAGACCACCGAUAUUUACAACAGCUAUGUCAGGGAGACCUCCACCUACAAUGAACUCAAAGCAACCCAUUUUCCUUCGCCUCCACAAACUCCUUCGCUUCUCUCCUCGCACACGCGCAACACGGCUAGAUCGAAAGGGUCGACCUAGUGAUCCCUUGGAUUUCCCUGCUACAUCGCCCUUACCUCCCAAUUCCCUUCACAGAGACAGCUCUCCGUCGACUCUCUUGCCCGGUGGCAGGGCUUUUUUCAAUCCCAUUCUGUCAUCAUCUAACAAGGGGAAGCAAAAGGCGCAUGAACCCGAACGAAAAACUGCGCAAGUUGUCGAUGUUCCUCUCGGACAAGCUACCUACGCUGAUGUUUUCCAGAAAAGAGAGAAGAAGGUGGAACCACUGCCAGUCUAUGAUGACCAACUCGAGGACGAAAAUGUUCUUGAUGCAGUUGCCCUGCCUCCUCCCGGCGUUCAGCACGGAGAAAUUGAUUGA